UCUCCAAGACAUCCUCAGGCUUUCACGAUUUGAAAAGGAAGGGGGGUGGCCUGUGCUGUACUAGUUUGGUUUGCUUGGAAAAGGAAGGGAUUGGACAAUCAUACGAUCCUUUUGAUUUCCAAGUACUUGUAAAAACGGGCACAUACACAUGCGGUGGAUUUGACCUACUUCCAAGAUUACCUUUCCAGAAAUAAAGACAUGUUUUUCACGACUCCCACGUAGCAUUUAUAUCUGCGGACUCCAAAUCAGAGAGAAACUAGCAGUUGAAAGUGUGAAUCAACUGUGGGCGUUUUCGAUCAUCUGAAGCACGCAGAGGCAGAGCCCCAUUGAGUUUUCCCUUUUCAUUUUCUUCAGAACGACACCGUUUGAGUUUCCCCGUUUCCUUUCCGGCCUCAACAUAUCCAAUUGCAUUUCUCCGCAUCAGUCAGCAAUGUUAAGAUUUUCGGUCUCUGAUUCUUCCGGACAGAAGGCAGUUUCUGUUUCUCCGUUUUGAAGUUGAUUCAAAGACCUUGGAAUUCUCCGUCAGACAUUUCCGGUCUUUUAUUUUUAAAUUUCUUUUUUCCUGGAAAAGGGUGUUUGUGUUCCCAAAAGGAGAAUCUCACCCAACUUGUCUGGAAAACGCAUUUUUAAGUCCCAAAGGUCUCACAAGGCAAACGAGUCACUUUGGACAAAAUCUAAAAAUGGCGCUCAUUUGAAGGCUUGAAGCAUAUUGUAGCUUAAAACUGGGCUGCCCAGAUUUUCUGAUUAGCACAGUUCUGGCCCCUGCUCCUCCACAUACAUAAAACGGCCCAUCUUGAAAUGUUACCAGCAAACCCUAGCUCCAUUUUGUACUCUUCAAACCCUUCAAUCUUCUCUCUCCCCAAAUUCUCCAUCUCCACCGUACGUUGCCGUGCCGCCGACCUCCCCGCCGGCCCCUCAUUUCCCCGCUGGCUCCAUUUAUUCACCACUGCCGACGCUUCCGCUGGCGUGCGGUCCAAGCAGGACCUGGAUGGGGUCGGAGUCGGAGGCGGAGUUGGAAGCACAGCGGAUGGCUCGGCUCGGAGAAGCAGUGGUAACGCCGGCAGUGGUGUUAAGGUAAAUGCGUGGGAGAAGCGUUGGUCGCGGAACAGGGAGAGCUACUUGGCCGAUGACGAUGAUGCUCUUCCACUACCGAUGACGUAUCCUGAUUCCUCCCCUGUGGCGCCGGAGGAGAUCGAUCGUCGGCUUCGUUGCGAUCCCCAAGUCGAGGAUUGUAAGGAAGUAGUUUAUGAGUGGACUGGAAAAUGUCGGAGUUGCCAAGGAACAGGAUUUGUUAGUUACUAUAAUAAAAGAGGGAAGGAGACCAUCUGCAAAUGCAUACCCUGCCUUGGAAUUGGAUAUGUGCAGAAGAUAACAAGUCGCAAUGACAUUGAAGUGAUGGAGGAUUUGGAAAAUGGAAAACCGCAUUAACCGUAACAAAUAUAGAUCUUUUUUUUUCCUAUUCGGGAAUAUGUAAAUAAUAAUUUUAUUGAGUCUCACUACUGUUUAGUGAGAGCACUGCAAGGAUCACCUCGGCUUUAAUUUUAAUAAAUAGAAAGUUUUGUGAUUCAAUUAUAAAUGGUGGAAAGCAUCCUCCCAAAAGGAGAGUAGAGGAGGUGAGAAUCAAGGAAGUAUUUUGCAAUUUGUUGAGAGAAUGUAUUCUUUUCUGUAUGUUCCAUCCUCUGCACCCACCUCUUACUUUCCACAUUGAGCUCAUCACUUUGGAAUCUUUUGUUGCAUGGUUGCCACAAGCUGUUGAGGAAUAAGUUUCUGACCCCAGUUUCACUUUAUACUAUUACCUUUGGCAUCAGAAUAUCUCCCACUUUUACGCCACGCAAACAGGAUCUAACUCAGAAAGACAGCCAGUUCUUAUCAUUCUAAUAUUAAAGACCAAGUUUGCUGUGAGAUUGAUCUCAUCCUUGAUUCUCAUUUUUGGCUUUCGGCUUCUUUGCAACACAACCAUGUCAACUCCUAGUUUUCUUGAUUUCCAGUACAAUAUUUCCAAAAGGAAAUACCUGCGGAAGCCAUCCCGACUGUUUUCUUCUAGGGACAGACAGAAUUCAGACUUGCCACCGAUUUUCCAUCUCAACAUGGAUGAGCUGAAGAAAGUGUUUGAUAAAUUCGACUCCAACAAAGACGGGAAGAUAUCAGAGGAAGAGUACAAGGCGGUGCUGGGAGCCUUGGUGAAGGAAGGUGUAAGAACGGAGGUGGAGAAGAUAUUCCAGGUAGCUGAUCUUGAUGGAGACGGGUUUAUCGAUUUCAAAGAGUUUGUGGAAGUGCACAAGAAGGGAGGGGGAGUGAAGACAAGGGACAUACAGAGUGCGUUUCGGGCAUUUGAUUUGAACCGGGAUGGGAAAAUAAACGCAGAGGAAUUGUUGGAGGUGUUGGGGAGGCUAGGGGAGAGGUGCAGCUUGGAGGAAUGCAGAAGGAUGGUGAGGGGAGUGGACACUGAUGGGGAUGGUGCGGUUGACAUUGAUGAAUUCACUACCAUGAUGACUCGCUCCAUGUAACCCUCCAGUUAAGAGGGUAACGGACCAGUGGCAGGCAUGGACUUGUCCUACGAAUCUCUCAACUCAUCUCAACAUAAAGUGGAAUUAUUAGAAGCCAUGUUUGUACUUUGGGAAAAAAGUGUUUUUAGAUGCUCGUUUGAAAUAGUUUUGAGUCAAAUGGCCCAUGUAUUAAAAAAAAUAUUAGAUGUAACCACUUUAUGAAAUUUAUGUUCAAACUAGCUUCUUUGGUAUCA